AUGCCGUCUGCCAUGCUGAUGGACGCCUACCGUGGCGAACGCCCCGGGACCCGCAUUGUCUACAGGAUGGACGACCAACUCCUCAAUCGCCAACGGAUGCGCUUCCAGUCGCGUGUAUCCACAACUACCGUCCAUGAACUUGCAUUCGCCGACGACCGCAUCCUCAAAAGCACCUCCGAAAGGGAAAUGCAAAGGAGCAUGGAUCUCUUCACCGUCGCCUGCAAUAAAUUCGUUCUGGUCAUCAACACGGAGAAGACUGGUCAUGCACCGAUCGUCACCCAACACAGCCCCUCCCCACAAUGCGUCGCAAAUCAGCGUGAACGGAACCUAACUGCAGGUGGUAGACAACUUCAUGUAUUUGGGCAGCACCCUCUCCCGCAGCACCAAAAUCGACGAUACAGUUGUCUGCCGCAUUUCCAAAGCCAGUCAAGCCUUCGGCCGUCUGCAGAACACCGCCUGGAACCGUCAAGAUCUCCAUCUCAACACCCAGCUGAAGACGUACAAGGCAAUCAUCCUGCCGACGCUGUUGUCGGGAGCGGAAACCUGGACGGUUUAUAG